AUGGAAGUAAAUGCUAGAAAAAGAACCCUUCCUCUAGGUAACACCUCGAGAAGAGUCCCGCUUGCAGAAACAAACAGCAAUGUCCCCGUGCCCUUGCUAAAAAAAGCCCGUACUGGCGGAGCACAGGGAUACGACUCGGCGAAAAUCUCUGCGAAAGAAAUUGCGGAGAAUACCCCCUCACAUGCGGAAAAUAACGCCUCCAAUGUGCUUACGGAAAAGUCAACAAAUGUAGCUACCGCGACAGCAAAGUCCGCGAGACUUGUAGGCGAUGAGCUCAAGGAAUGGCAGGCAUCAUGGCGCAAGAUCAUGCGAGAAUCGGUUGUAUAUUUCGACACCCAGGGCAGCGAUUCGCUGUCUCAGCAUCAGAAUGAACAAAAGCGGGCUCAAAGAGCCUUGCGCCUGGUGGGCUGCGAGAUCUCGCCCUUCUAUGACCACGACGUGAGCAUUAUUGUAAGCAGACGUCCGUUCGUUGCCUCAGGGCACUACGCGGCCAAUGACAUCUUCAAUGACGCUGCUAGUCUCAAGAUCAAAGUGUGGGAUUACGACAAGGUCUUCAGAUUCCUCAAAAACUUGGGUGUGACCGAAUCUACUGUUACCGAGGCCAAUGGCAAUUUGUCCAAUCUUUUGCGUGAAGAGAAGAUUUUCGGUUCGAAGGACAAGGAUCCAAACGCGCGUAGGGACGAUCUUCAUUAUUUGGAAAAGAACUACUUAUACGUAUACGACCUCUCUCAAGCAGUUCGCCCUAUUGCUGUUCGCGAAUGGCUGUCUGAUAGCUAUCCAUUAUUCCAUUACACGUUGGAUGGCAAAUGUCCAUUCAUCGCAGAGCAAUCAGAGAACUCUGAGCGCAAGAAACAGCGUCGUUUGCAGAAGUUCGAAGCCACGAAAGAAUACCGGGAGCUCCUCCGGAAGGUCUCCUACGAUAUUAUUGCUGCUGCUCGCGGGGAACAAUGCUCUUCGGGAGUUUCUUUCACUGGGCCCACUGUCAGCUCUGACAAUGUCGAGGCAGAGGAAGGAAGCACCUCAACCAUCAAUGGCAACGAAACCAUCGACCAGGAAUUACAAAACACAUCGACAGACGUGCAAGAGCCACCUGUCGAAGAUUUGCAGUUCCGUCCUCCUCUUGGUUUAACUCGCAACUCAUCUGUUAUUCAGCCAUUCAACAACCCUACUAGCAUAAGCCACAAUGUGUCCACGUCGAAAUUUUAUGAUGUCAUGGCCUCUGGAUACAAUGGAGCCUCCAAUUCAGUCCAAUUUUCCAUGGAUUCAGCCUUGAAUAGUGCUGCAGUGCAGCAGGCUCAGCAAGGAAAUGGGCUUGGUCCGGAAGUAUCUCUGGUCCGCUCGAAAAAUCUCAACAACCUCAAAAGACGAAUCUUUGUCAAGCGCCAACUCCAGCAACGGGAUUUGCAGGGAAAGGAGGCGGAGCUUAAACCAGGUUAUUGUGAAAACUGCCGUGUCAAGUACGAGCAUUUCGACGAGCACAUUCUCUCCAACCGCCAUCGCAACUUUGCAUGUAGCGAUAGCAACUUCCGGGAUAUCGAUGAGCUCAUCGAAACGCUCAACGAGUGCAAAUCCAUGGGAUUUGUGGCCUCGAACGGCGACUAUAGCUUUUCGUAG